ACGUCACGGCCCGGUAGCGGCCGUCCCCCUGCCAAGAUGGCGUCGUUGCUGCAGUCGGAGCGAGUGCUGUACUUGGUGCGCGGCGAGAAGGAGAUGCGGGCCCCGCUGUCGCAGCUGUACUUCUGCCGCUACUGCAGCGAGCUCCGCUCCCUGGAGUGCGUCUCACACGAGGUGGACUCUCACUACUGCCCCAGCUGCUUGGAAAACAUGCCUUCAGCUGAAGCCAAGCUCAAGAAGAAUAGGUGUGCAAACUGCUUUGACUGCCCCUGCUGCAUGCACACCCUUUCCACCCGGGCCACGAGCAUUCCUGCUCCACUCCCUGAUGACCCAGCCAAGACUACCAUGAAGAAAGCUUAUUACUUGGCCUGUGGAUUUUGCCGCUGGACUUCGCGGGAUGUGGGCAUGGCAGACAAGUCUGUUGCUAGUGGUGGCUGGCAGGAGCCAGAGAAUCCUCACACGCAGAGGAUCAACAAACUGGUUGAGUACUACCAGCAGCUGGCUCAGAAGGAGAAGAUCGAGCGGGACCGGAAGAAGCUGGUGCGACGCCGCAACUACAUGCCCCUGGCCUUCUCGCAACACACUAUACACGUAGUGGACAAAUACGGCCUUGGAACCAGGCUUCAGCGGCAGAGACCCGGAGCACCCAUCAGUGCCCUCACUGGACUCUCUCUGAAAGAAGGAGAGGACCAGAAGGAGAUCAAGAUUGAGCCAGCUGAUGCAGUGGAAGAAGUGGAACCUCUUCCUGAGGAUUACUACACAAGACCAAUCAAUCUGACAGAAGUGACGACGCUGCGCCAGCGCCUGCUGCAGCCUGACUUCCAGCCCAUCUGCGCCUCCCAGCUCUACCCACGUCACAAGCACCUCCUGAUCAAACGCUCCCUGCGCUGCCGGAAAUGUGAGCAUAACCUGAGCAAACCAGAAUUCAAUCCAACAUCUAUCAAAUUCAAGAUCCAGCUGGUUGCUGUUAACUAUAUCCCUGAAGUGAGAAUCAUGUCUAUUCCCAACCUGCGCUACAUGAAGGAGAGCCAAGUCCUUCUGACUCUGACCAACCCAGUGGAGAACGUCACACAUGUCACGCUGCUGGAGUGCGAGGAAGGAGACCCAGACAACAUCAACAGCACUGCCAAGGUGGCAGUUCCUCCCAAGGAGCUUAUUCUGGCUGGCAAAGAUGCUGCAGCAGAAUACGAUGAGCUGGCAGAGCCUCAAGACUUCCAGGAUGACCCUGAUGUUAUUGCCUUCCGAAAAGCCAACAAGGUAGGAGUGUUCAUCAAGGUCACCCCCCAGAAAGAAGAGGGUGAAGUGACCGUGAGCUUCAAGAUGAAGCACGAGUUUAAAAACCUGGCUGCCCCGAUCCGGCCCAGCGAGGAAAGCGACCACACCUCUGAGGUCAUCUGGCUCACCCAUCACGUGGAGCUCAGCCUUGGUCCGGUGCUCCCGUAAACGCUGCCGACGCUUGCGCCCUCCCAGGGCUGGCUGCGGGAUGGACUGGCACAGUGAAGAGAGCACCUGCUGGAACGUCCUGCCAGAGCUCCUUUGUGAUGUGUGGGUGUGUGCCACGGGCUGCCAGAGGCGGCUGAGGGUGCCCUGCUUUAGGAUGGUUUGUUCUCUCUCUUUGUCCUAGUGCCCACUAACUACUGCUCUGCUUCCCCACCCCGCCACAGGCUAGUUUAACUUGCAGCACGCCUUCUGGCACGCAGAAAGGGCUCCCUUUCUCCAGAUCUGUACCACACAUGCCUGAAUUUGGGUUUGCUGCCAGAAAAGAGUCCAGACUGGUUUUGCUUCCUGCCAACCCACAAACCUGAUGUGACACACUCAGCAACGAACAGCUUCCUUUUCGCACAGAGCUGUGCCCUUCCAGAACAAGCAUUCUGGGAGGUAGCCACGGCUGCUGCGUUGUGGGCAGGCUGCUGGCAGCAGCACGAUGCUUCCUCUUGGUCUUUUGCUUCCUCAUAGGAUAUGUCAGCUGCAGGUGGUCGGGAUGUACAGCCCUGCCACACUGGCAGAUGCAGCUUGCUUAGCGAAGGUGACAGGUCUGUUCUCACACAGGAAACGGUCAGUUUGCCUUUAAACUCCAAACAUAGUGUACUGUAGCCUUCCUGGGUUGGACUGGCAGCAGAGCCCACCGUGUUUCAGGAGAAGGUGGCUGCUUGAUGCGCUGUGAGCUGGGAAUUCAGGCUCUGCUACAGCUCUCGCCUGGGGCAGGGAUGCUCUGGAGAGGCUGCCUUGCGGUCUCCAGCUCAAUCUGUGCUAUUAGGGGUAGUGAUCAGCAUGUGAAACCUGGAAAGUUAAAGUUAGAUCUGGUAUACAUUGAGCUGUAGAGGCUGUUUUGAGUUCAUACUCUUUUUCUAGGUAGGGUGGGGCUGUAAAGGUGGAAGGACAGCUACAUGGUGACUGGCAUGCAGUGUACCAUAUGGUGGUCUGUCCAGGGUGUAAUUCACCUGUAGUCCAAGCUGAAAUCAGUGAUUAAAAGCAGUGUAUCUAGGAUACUGAAUUACCACAUAGCUGAGUGCAAGCAGGUGAGAUCACUCUUCCUGCAGAGCAUUCCUAGUUCAGACACUGACAUUUAUUAAACGUUUCUGAUGGGCUUUGCUGUGCUGGGGGAGGUUUGAACCCCAGUCAGCCAUGGCUGUGCUGCUCAAAGACACUUGUGCCAUGGUUCUGCUAGCCUGGAGUUGCAAAUCUUCUGCAGGAGCAGAUGACAUAGGGCUGCCUGCUCUGUUCUUGGGGGUAGGUGAUAGUGCAGCACUCAAAACCAUGAGAAACCUGCUGUGGCGUGCCCCAGGGAGCACGCGCCUUAAGCCCAGUCCAGCAGCAGGUCUCCAAGCGGUGAGGCAUCACGUUUACAACCUCACGUAGGUUACACACAGAUGUACAGCAUGAGUUUGAGACUUGUAGUUCAUAGUUAAUGUCUAGUGCUAGUGCCUGCUGCAGCUUCACCUGUCCAGAUAACACAGCACAUAACCUCUGGUCGUGACUUCUCUUCGGUAGCCAAAAUAGGCAGCACACUGAGAUGGCAGCCUUCCAGGGAGGCACUGGUGGCUGUCCCCUGUGCUGAGCCUGCUGUCUCUCACUGAAAACAAGGCAGCCAGUGACAUUUAUGGUGUUCUGAGCCAUCUCUCUAGCAUGGUGAGUUGUUCUUUCCCUCCCCUAGGUGCUUGUAGGUGAUAGGAAAGGUGUCGGCGUGUCCCUGCUCUGUCCUCUCUCCCUGCUCCCUGGGGUGCUUGCCCCUGACUGUUGCCUUACUGCUUGGCGUUGUGUAGUGACCUUCAAUAAAGCAAACGUGGCUCUCAGCA